AGAUGGAUGCCUACUGCCCCUGGAGGGUUCCCUCAUUUCUCGGAAGCCGAUGAUGUUUACAAAGGCUAUCUGAUCAAAGGGAAGUCAAUGGUUAUCCCGAACAUAUGGGCGAUGCAGCACAAUGUAGAUCAAUUCCCGGAUCCUUUGACAUUCAAUCCCGACCGUUUUUUAAAUGAUGCACACACGAGAGGACCGGACACUCUAAUUGAAGGACACUACGGUUUUGGUUUUGGCCGGAGG